AUGAAUUUUUUGAUAUGGAAUACCAGAGGGGCUGCCAAAAGAGAAUUUGGUGGCGCUCUUAAGUCUUUGGUUAGGAAGAAUAAUGUAGAUAUUAUUGUUCUACUUGAACCUAGAACCCAAAGUGGUGUUUGUAAUAAGCUGUUAAAAAAAUUGGGUUAUGAUAGCUCAGCUGUAGAAGAAGCUGUUGGUUUUGCUGGUGGAAUAUGGAUCAUGCGGCAUAGCAAGAGGGUAGAAAUAGUUGUGAUAUCCAAAACUGCUCAGCUAAUUCAUUGUAAUGUUAAAAUGCCUUCGGGAGGUGAUUUUAAUGAAAUUGCUUUUACUCAUGAAAAUAAAGGGGGAGUUAUGGCUGACUCAUCAAGAUGUGCUAAAUUUGCUUCAGUGCUGGAUGAAUGUAAAGUGACUGAUAUGGGCUGUGAUGGUUCUCCUUUUACUUGGCAGGGUCCAAAAUGGGCUAAUUUGGACAGAAUUUUCAAAAGGCUUGAUAGGGUGGUGGCUAAUCUGGAUUGGAGAAUAAUGUGUGAUGAAGCUAGAGUCUCCUCGCUCCCAGGAUUAUUAUCUGAUCACAAUCCUCUUCUUAUUAAGCUCUUUGAAGAUGAUAAAGAUAGUAGAAUGAGGCCAUUUCAAUUUUUUGCUGUUUGGCAGGAGCACCAUCUUUUUAAUGAUUUUCUGAAAGCAAAAUAG